UGAAGAGAGAGGAAGAGACACACUUUGUGGCCUGCCAAGCAACCAAGGAGUGCAAGCACCUUCCAGUCUCGGCCUGCUCCCUCCACCGCUCUCUCGACUUUGGGGUCCCGACCAGUUAUGAAGAUGACAAGCCAGAGAUGGGAAAACAAAGAGGAGAAGAAGCUCUUGAAGCCCUUGAUGGAGAAGCGGCGGAGGGACCGCAUGAACCAAAGCCUGGACCGGCUCCGGGUCUUGCUCUUCGAAGCCACGCAGGACGAGAGACUUAAAAACCCCAAGGUGGAAAAGGCAGAGAUUUUGCAAAAAACAGUUCAGUUUCUGAAGACUCAGCCUUUAUCAGAGACGAAGCACAAAGAGGAGGCUUUCUUGCAACGAUACCGCAGCGGCUACCGGGAGUGCCUGACGCAAGCCACCCACUUCCUCCGAGGGAAUUCGGGCCUCUGCCAAGGCAAGAAGGCCUACUUGAUGGAGCACAUCUGCCACUGCAUGGAGAAGAUCACCUCCAGCCCUCGAGGCGAGACCCACCAGCUGCCUUCCACAGCAUCCAGCCCCGGUUACGGUGACCUGCAGCAACGCUACAGCCCCGAUGUGUUUGCGAGCUGCAGUCCUGCUCUUGGAGGCGCUCCCUAUGUGUUGCACCCACCUCCGGCCAGUUGCCCCAUCCGUCAAGGACUGCAGCCCUCUUGUAUGAAUGGCUCGGGUCAGCCAGAUGGAUGCAGCCGGUCAUCUUCGCAGCAGAGCAAACUCUUGGAAACACGGAAUCCGGCAACGGUGCAGAGUCCGCAAGCGCUCAACGUCUGGAGACCCUGGCCUUGAAGAGCCCUCUUGUUUUUUUCCUAUCCUCAUCUUGUAAAUGUAUAUUAAAUUCUAUAUAUAUUGUACAUAAUGGCUUUUAGGGUGGCGGUGGAUUGGUGCUUUUCUUCUUCUUGUGCUUUUCUUGGGGG